UUCUUUCUCAAUCACUCGAGUAAAGCCAACUCUUGUUCAAAUUUAGACCCAAUUCAUCUCUUGUUAUUUUCAGAAAAACCCUGCUCAAAACUUGUCCCUAUUUCGAUUUGGAUCUUGGUCUUUUUCAUUUCUUUUAUUAUCAGUUUCCUCCGAUCACCGAUCCGAUGCUCUGAAGCUCGUGCACUCUCGAUCCUGAAUUGUUCUAUCCUCCUUUGACUCAUCUUUCAGAUAACGUCAGGGUUUAUAAUACUUUUGGGUCUUUUGAGAAGUCAUUGGUUGCGUUUUUUUGUAAGUUUUUUAACUCUCGAGGGGUUGAAGAAAGUUUGAAUUUGACAAAGGAAGAAGAUAGAUAGGAAAAGAAGAAAGGGGAUGGGAGGUUCGAAGAUGGAGGGGGGAACCUCUUCUUCCGCAGCUGCAACUGCAGCUGCAGCUCCGAAUCGUAGAGACCCAUAUGAAGUUUUGAAUGUUUCAAGAGAUUCUUCUGAUCAGGAGAUUAAAUCUGCUUACAGAAAGCUUGCUCUCAAGUAUCAUCCCGACAAGAAUGCUAGUAAUCCUGAAGCCUCCGAACUAUUUAAGGAGGUUGCAUAUUCUUACAACAUUUUGUCUGAUCCAGAGAAAAGAAGGCAAUAUGACAAUGCAGGAUUUGAGGCUAUUGAUGCUGAUGGCACAGACAUGGAAAUCGAUUUAUCAAACCUUGGAACAGUGAAUACAAUGUUUGCAGCAUUAUUCAGUAAGCUCGGAGUUCCUAUUAAGACAACUAUUUCCGCCAAUGUUCUUGAAGAUGCUUUGAGUGGAACCGUCACAGUCAGACCCCUUCCAUUAGGAUCAUCAGUUAGUGGAAAGGUAGAAAAACAGUCUGCUCAUUUUUUUGGUGUUACUGUAACCGAGGAACAAGCUCAAGCAGGGAUCAUAGUUAGAGUUACUUCAGCCGCCCAAAGCAAAUUUAAGCUACUUUAUUUUGAGCAAGACAAUGGAGGGGGCUAUAAUCUGGCAUUACAGGAAGACAGUGAGAAGACAGGGAAAGUUACAUCUGCCGGGAUGUAUUUCUUGCAUUUUCAAGUAUAUAGGAUGGAUUCAAGUGUUAAUGCGUUAGCAAUGGCUAAGGACCCAGAUGCUGCUUUCUUUAAAAGGUUGGAAGGCCUCCAGCCGUGCGAGGUCUCGGAACUAAAAGCUGGGACCCACAUAUUUUCCGUUUAUGGUGAUAAUUUUUUCAAGACCGCAUCCUACACGAUAGAAGCUCUUUGUGCAGCCACAUACGAGGGCACGACCCAUAAGCUCAAGGAUAUUGAGCAGCAGAUUUUAAGAAAGAGAACGGAACUACGCCAGUUUGAGACAGAAUAUAGAAAGGCUUUAGCACAGUUCCAAGAAGUGACCAACAGAUACAGCCAAGAAAAGCAGAAUGUCGACGAGCUUCUAAAACAAAGAGACAACAUCCAAUCAUCGUUCAUGGUUGAUCGGUCGGUCGUUUUCGGGAGUAAAGUGAGUAAUGGCGGCAAUAGUCGAGUUCCUGGUGAAGACAGCAGCCCAGGUGAAGAUGGCAAGGACAAGUCUACAAAGAAGAGAUGGUUUAAUCUUAACCUCAAAGGAUCAACGGAUAAAAAAUCUACGUGAUCAAAACUACAAUCGUUGCCCUUUCUACCCUCCAGAAUUCUUGGCUCGAUGCAGUAGAAAUUAUCGUGUUUUAUUUCGAUGUGAUUUUUGGUUUUUUGAUUCAAAUGGGGUGUUUAUAAUGGCUUGUUCUUUUGGAUCUUCUUACAGAUGAAGAAAAUAUUAGUUUCCAUUUUAUUUUUAACUUAUUUUUUGGGUUUGAUAAGAAUUUU